AGUCUCUCACAGAAAGCUAGAGAUGAAGGAACAUUCAGACACAUAGGUUUCCAAGAAGAGUCCACUGACAACAUACCCAAAGUGUCUUCUGAAAAUUAUAAGAUAUCCUGAGUUUCUGUUAGGAGAUUGGUUCCAGCUCCGUUGUCCCUCCCCCGUCAUUCAGUAGUCUCUGUAAAAGCCCUUAGAGCUUGUGUUACUCCACAGGAAGCCAAGAAACACACAGGAAGAGGAGCUUAGCUGCUGGAAAAACGUGAUUUAAGGAGAAGGAAGAGAUCCAAUGGGUUCUAUAUCACGAAGAUAUUGAGAUAAGAACCAAGAUGGAUUUGCAGCCACUGCAUUUGCAGCCUUGAGGUCAUAAGCAUCCUCAGGAAAAUGCACCAUGGGUGCGGGCAAGAUGGAAACCAACCUCUCCACUCCUCUGAAUGAGCAUGAAGAAGCGUCCUAUGAGUCUGCUGGCUACACUGUUCUGCAGAUCCUCCCGUUGGUGGUGCUUGGGGUCACCUUUGUCCUCGGGGUCCUGGGCAAUGGGCUUGUGAUCUGGGUGGCUGGAUUCCGGAUGACACGCACAGUCACCACCAUCUGUUACCUGAACCUGGCCCUGGCUGACUUUUCUUUCACGGCCACAUUACCAUUCCUCAUUGUCUCUAUGGCCAUGGGAGAAAAAUGGCCUUUUGGCUGGUUCCUGUGUAAGUUAAUUCACAUCGUGGUGGACAUCAACCUCUUUGGAAGUGUCUUCUUGAUUGGUUUCAUUGCACUGGACCGCUGCAUUUGUGUCCUGCAUCCAGUCUGGGCCCAGAACCACCGCACCGUGAGUCUGGCCAUGAAGGUGAUCAUCGGACCUUGGAUUCUUGCCCUAGUCCUUACCUUGCCAGUUUUCCUCUUUUUGACUACAGUAACUAUUCCAAAUGGGGACACGUACUGUACUUUCAACUUUGCAUCCUGGGGUGACACCCCUGAGAAGAGGAAGAAUGUAGCCAUUACCAUGCUGACAGCCAGAGGGAUCAUCCGGUUUGUCAUUGGCUUUAGCACGCCGAUGGCCAUUGUUGCCAUCUGCUAUGGGCUCAUUGCAGCCAAGAUCCACAAAAAGGGCAUGAUUAAAUCCAGCCGUCCCUUACGGGUCCUCACUGCUGUGGUGGCUUCUUUCUUCAUUUGUUGGUUCCCCUUUCAACUGGUUGCCCUUCUGAGCACUGUCUGGCUCAAAGAGAUGUUGUUCGAGGGCAAGUACAAAAUCAUUGAUAUCCUGGUUAACCCAACGAGCUCCCUCGCCUUCUUCAACAGCUGCCUCAACCCCAUGCUCUAUGUCUUUGUGGGCCAGGACUUCCGAGAGAGACUGAUCCACUCCCUGCCCACCAGUCUGGAGAGGGCCCUGUCUGAGGACUCAGCCCCAACCAAUGACACGGCUGCCAAUUCUGCUUCACCUCCUGCAGAGACUGAGUUACAGGCAAUGUGAGGAUGGGGUCAGGGUUAUUUUGAGUUCUGUUGAUCCUACCCUAAUGCCAGUUCCAGCUUGAUCUACCUUUGAGUCAUAUUGAGGCAUUCAAGGAUGCACAGUUCAAGUAUUUAUUCAGGAAAAAUGCUUUUGUGUCCCCGAUUUGGGGCUAAGAAAUAGACAGUCAGGCUACUAUAAUAUUAGUGUUAUUUUUGGUUUUUUUGACUUCUGCCUAUACCCGGGUAAGUGGAGGCGGGAAACAGAAGAGAAAGAGUGGUGGGGAUUUGUAAGACUUAGAUGAGAUAGCGCAUAAUAAGGGGAAGACUUUAAAGUACAAAGUAGAAUGUUUGCUGUAGGUUUUUUAUAGCUAUUUUUAAAAAUCAGACUAUGGAAGUUUUCUUCUAUUUUUAGUUUGCUAAGAGUUUUCUGUUUCUUUUUCUUACAUCGUGAAUGGACGUUGUAUUUUAUCAAAUGCAGUUUCUACAUGUAUUAAGUUGGUCAUAUUCUUCUUCUUCUUUUAUGUAAAUCAUCAUAAAUAAUGUUCAUUAAGUUCUGAAUGUUAAACUACUCUUGAAUUCCUGGAAUAAACCACACUUAGUCCUGAUAUACUUUAAAUAUUUAUAUCUCACAAGAGUUGGUUAGAAUUUCUGUGUUUAUGUUUAUAUAAAAAUGGUUCUGUUAUUUCACUUUUUCUACUGUCCUUGCUAAGUUUUACAUCAAACUUGUAAUGGUCUCUUAAAAGGAAUUGAGAAGUAAUUCCUCUGAUUCUGUUUUCUGAUGUUAUGUCUUCAUUAAAUAUUCAGAAAAACUCACCAGUGAA